CAGAGGAAAGACUGCUAACAUUACUGCAAGUGUCCAUAAAUAAGGAAUAGAGUAAAAGUAAUUCUUUGCCAUUGUCAGUGUAAUACAUGAAGUAAUGUUUUAGCAAAGUAAUCACAAAAUAAUAAAGCAUAUGCAUGAACAGACUAUUAGUUAGUAAUUUUUAAACAAGCAUAUAAACUGAUUGAGAUUAAAUCUCUUUUACAAGUGUGACUUGGCUAAGAAGGCCACAAGAGACAACAAAAAUGAGAAACUAUCAAAUGGCUACACAAGUUAUAUCCAUGUGCCAUUAAUUCAACCAGUGAAUGUAGCACAGCAAGUUUUAAGCAUUCUUCUAUGUUUUUCCACAUUGAUGAGGCAUUAAGUUGUAGCUCAGACCCUAAACAGAGAACAAAAAUAAUAUUUGUUAUUUACAAGAAAAAAUAGAUAAAGGUAACAAGCCACAUAUUGAACAUCCAGACUGUAAAUACUGCUUAAGUAUUAACAGAUUAACUCAUAAAUAAAAUAAUAUUGUAAAUUCCAGCAUGGAUUUAAACUCAAACACUUUAAAUUAGGAUAGUUCACAAGUGUGUAAAGAAGCACUUGGAGUGGGAAAUGUUGAAUCCAUUUGCAGAUUUUAAUGACACGAAGCAACAAAUCCAAAUCAUGAUCCAAUGACGUAAACAAGUAACAGGCGAAUUUGACAAAAACAAAAAUAUCACUUAACCAAGCAAACAAAACUGAAAUCAUACCCAAUGAACCAGGUAAUGGCAAUGAAAGGCGUGGUAUACUGAAAGUCAAUGGGAGGUGGAGCCUUGAGGUUGUUGUGGCUCAAGAGGGGUGACCCAUAGUUUAGAGUGACUGAUUACCCCUGGCUGGGUCACAGGUGAAACACUCGCUGCCACAACCUGGGUUCGGUUCCAAGGGGUUAACUCUCAGUGCUGUUCCCAAGUCUGGAUAAAAUAGGAGGGUUGCGUAAGGAAAGGUAUCUGGAGUAAAACUUGUGUGUCAAGAUCAAAAUAUGCAGAUUGGAUAAACCACUGUGGUGACCAUGAACAGGGAGCAGCCAAUGGACAACAACAACAUAAACCAAUUUACAUCAAAAGGAGAAAGCGGGUGGAAAAGGAAAGGGGAAUACUCAGCUUGGCACACACAGCAACUGGAAGAUGGAGGCAGAUGGAACCAAGAUGAGAUGAUAACGCGGAGAAAGGAGCUGAAGACUAUUCUGAUUACAACAACUUAACUGAGGACGACUUCUCACCCCACAACACCAACCACAUGAAGGCCUUCAGCAGAGUCUUCCUCCCUACAAUCUACAGCAUCGUCUUCAUUGUGGGGUUAAUUGGCAACGGUCUGGUGUUGUGUGUCCUGGUCAAGUACCAUAAAAGGUCCAACAUAUCAGAUGUGUGCCUCUUCAACCUGGCCCUUUCAGACCUCCUUUUCCUUCUCUCAUUGCCUUUCUGGGCUCAUUACGCCGCCAUCACUCAGUGGACCUUUGGGAACUUCAUGUGCCAUGCAGUGACAGCACUGUACAUGCUGGGAUACUAUGGAAGCAUCUUCUUCAUGAUGCUCAUGACCAUAGACCGCUAUGCUGUCAUUGUCCACACCCAUACCUCCCUCUUUUCCAAGUACCGGUCUGUCAGAGCUAUCAUAGCCCUGAUUUUGUUUACGUGGACACUUAGCCUGGUAGCUUCUCUGCCAAAUAUCAUUUUCUCACAAACAAGCAUGUCAAAUAAACCAAAUGAAUCCACAUGUAGUUUUGAACAUCCAAACCUGAAAUGGAGGCUGUUCUCUUACAUCGAGCUGAACAUCCUCAGCUUAAUCGUUCCUCUCUCAGUGAUGGUGUUCUGCUACUCGCGCAUCAUCCCCAUCUUAAUGUCCAUGAAGUCUCAGAAGAAACACAAAGCUGUCAGACUCAUACUGGUCUUGGUCAGUGUUUUCUUUCUCUUCUGGACGCCAUACAACAUUGUGAUCUUCCUGAGGUUCCUGCAUCAACUGGGUUAUAUGAGCAACUGGAAUCAGGACCUGAACAUGGCUAUGCAGUGGGUGGAAAGCGUAGCGUUCACUCACUGCUGCCUCAACCCCAUCAUCUAUGCCUUUAUGGGGCAGAGAUUCAGGAAUUUAUUUCUAAAAGUCCUGAAAGAGUGGUUUCCUCUUUGUUUUGGUCACUGCCCAACAAAUGAAAGUGAGCGCUCACAGAGGAUGACCACUAUGUGCUUAUGCUCCUCAGUGAAUUCUAGAUCAAAGUCAAAAUCACAACUGUAACAUUAUCUUCAAACCAUAUUUCAAUAUAAAUAAAUAAAUAAAUAAAUAAAUAAAUAAAUAAAUAAAUAAAUAGAUUAAUUAAUUAAUUAACUAUGCUUAAAAAUGUUGCUCAUGGCAUGUUUGCUAACAGUAUGUUGACAUCAUAAAGUGUUUAGGAAAUAACAUGUAAAGUAUACAGAUUUAUACUUUGCAAGGUUUUUGUUCAUUCUUCUUCAAACACAUACAAAUAUUGACACAAUCUGGUCUGCAAAGGAGACUUUUGCCUCAGUCCCAGGAACAGAAUUAACAUACAGUACUCUAAUGUGAGCUGCCUGAAUGAGGGUCCAUUCUGUACUCUCUCAUCAUUUUGGUACUCAUUCUACAGAGUUACAUUUACCAUCAAACAUAUGCUUAUGACUCUGUCCACUGACUCCUUCUGUAUGUUGUGUAUGCAUUCAUUUCAGAAUUAUCAACUUAAUCACAAAAAUGAAAACUAAAGUGUUCUUUUCUGCUGAACUGAGAUUAACAAUUUCAAUCAAUGAAUGCAGACCUUACUUGUUAAAAAAAAAUCAGAAAUAUCACAUUCCAUCUUCAUUGACAUGUAUUGUCUUUAAUUCAAACUGCAACGAUAAACUUUUUAUUGUUCUUCCAAUGCUUUACACAAGUUUUGUAUCCAAGUGCCAUUUAUGCAUUAAUUAAUACAGUGAAAGGAGCCCAGUGAGUUUUAAGUGUUUUUAUAUGUUUGUCCACGUUGAUGAGGCAUUAAAGUUCUAGCUCAGAUCCUAAACUUGGAACAAAACUUAUAAUAUUUGUUUUUUACAGAAAAAAUGGAUGAAUAAGUAGGUAGCAGGCCACAUAUUGAGCAUCUAGACUGUAAAUAAUGCUUAAUAAGUAUUAACAUCUUAACUCAUCUUGUUAAAGAAUACCUCAUCUAAUUACAUAAGGUCCAGUAUAAUAAUAAUAAUAAUAAUAAAAAAAAGUAUGUACAAUUAUGCCUUUUGGUACAGUGGAUUUAAACUCAAACUUUAAAUUGGGACAGUUCACAGUUCAGGGAGUGCUACUGACAAGCUAAGUUUAGACAAAUUGAGCAAAAUUAACCCAUUCAGUUCGAUCCAUUCAAGUACAA